GUCCCCCGAGUCCGGCGGCUUGGGAUCCCCCGCCGCCGCCCCGCAGCAGUAGGUGUCCUCGGCCCCGGGGGCUGGGAGCCGGGCCGGCCCAUGACCUCCCUCCUGCCCGACAACAUCUGCAAGGACUAUUUCAAGAUGAUGACCAACAUAGUCGUUUUGAGCGUCAUCAUUUGCAUUUCUUUAUCCUUCUGGAUCAUCUCUAUGACCGCCAGUACCUACUAUGGUAAUUUACGUCCCAUUUCUCCCUGGCGUUGGUUAUUUUCGGUGGUGGUUCCAGUUUUGAUUGUCUCAAAUGGCUUUAAGAAGAAGAGUUUAGAUCACAGUGGAGCUUUGGGAGGACUUGUUGUUGGAUUCAUCCUAACCAUUGCCAAUCUCAGUUUUUUCACUUCUUUGCUGAUGUUUUUCCUCUCUUCCUCAAAACUCACUAAAUGGAAAGGAAAAACAAAGAAAUUAAUAGAUUCAGAAUAUAAAGAAGGUGGGCAGAGGAAUUGGAUUCAAGUUUUCUGUAAUGGAGCGGUGCCCACGGAAUUGGCCCUGCUGUAUAUGAUUGAAAAUGGGCCCGGUGAAAUUCCAGUCGAUUUUACCAAACAGUAUACUGCAUCGUGGAUGUGCUUGUCCCUUUUGGGAGCAUUGGCUUGCUCGGCUGGAGAUACCUGGGCUUCUGAAGUCGGUCCCGUCCUGAGUAAAAGCCAGCCAAGACUGGUCACAACAUGGGAAAAAGUUCCAGUGGGCACUAAUGGCGGGAUCACCUUAACGGGCAUCGUCGCAAGCCUUCUCGGCGGCACAUCUGUGGGCCUGGCCUAUUUUCUCACCCAGCUGGUUUUCGUCGAUGAUUUGGACAUUUCAGCUCCCCAAUGGCCACUUGUGGCAUUUGGUGGCCUGGCGGGAUUACUAGGGUCAAUCCUUGACUCGUACUUAGGAGCGGCAAUGCAAUUCACCGGUUUGGAUGAAAAUACCGGCCUCGUUGUCAACCAUCCUGGAAAUGCUGUGAGGCACAUAUCCGGGAAACCGAUCCUUGAUAACAAUGCAGUGAAUCUGUUUUCUUCCGUACUCAUUGCUCUGUUGCUUCCUAGUGUAGCCUGGGCGUUUUGGCCCCGAGAGUGAGACGUGUUUCAUGUUUCUAAUCUGAAACCAUGGACGACUGCAGCUUUGGUAAGCUAGCUGGGACUUGGAGGCGCUGAAUAACAUCCUCCGGGAACUCGUUAGGACUGCUUUUCAGCUGGAUGAUGAUGGAUCUUUAAAGAGGAGAAGCGGCUCCUUCACCACAUCCUUCGGAAAGCGGAACGUAUUCCCCUGCCCCGCGGUAUCUCUCGGUUUCUCCUACCUUGGGGAGCAAGAGAAUGAAUGAAAAAAAUUGAACAACCCAUGAUGGUGCCAUUAUGCUGCCCACAGACGUGUUACCUGACUCAAGCGAAAGGGGGUGGAAGAAAAUUAAUUUCAGAAUCUCGAACUUUCCUUUUUUCCGUCUUAUCUGGCGGAAAACCGCAAGCGUCCAAAGCUUCAGUUUUGGAUCCAUCGCUCUCCAAGUUUUGUCUGCUGAAAAAUUUCAAACGCAUGCACUAGAUAGUCUCAGAUUCCAAGGAGUUGGAAAAGCGUCUAAGCCAAGAUUUUAGGGGAAUUAAUGCAAUUCUGUGAGAUUGAAAAUCUUCAUUUCGUGAUGGAGAUAAGAAUUUAUGUUCAUGAUACCCAUUUGCGGUCAGUGUAUAAUUCAUUGAAGUUUUUUAACUGCCUCAUGUGAUGCUGUUUUUAGAAUUGGUGUAGGAAUCCAGUUUAAACUUCUCACGUUAAGCAGUAAAAACGUUUUUAUAUGCCUUUAUGGUAUUUAAGGUCUUACUAUGUGCUAUGCAUUGUACUAAGCUCUGGGGUAGAUAAAAGCUAAUCA